GCUGUUCUAUAAGAUUUGUUUGAUGGUUGGGCUUACUGAAAUGAAUGUAACAUACAUCACUCUUGAUGGUCAUGUAGAGAUUGAGAAAUAUAGAUAUGUUUACUUUGUUCUCAUAUUUACUUGUUAUAGUUUGAUCCUGUCCAGCAAUACUAUUGUUUUUUCUCUGAUUGUGAUUCAUAAAAACCUCCACGAGCCCAUGUAUAUUUUUAUUGCUGCUUUGUUAAUGAACUCCAUGCUUUUCAGUACUGCAAUUUACCCAAAGCUAAUGAUAGACUUUUUAUCUGAAAAACAGAGGAUAGCUUUUCCAGUCUGUCUCUUGCAGAGUUUCUUAUUUUAUUCUUUAAGUUGUUCUGAAUUUUUGCUGUUGGCAGCCAUGGCUUAUGACAGAUAUGUGUCCAUCUGUAAACCCUUAAAAUAUCAAAUCAUUAUGAGAAAAACAACAGUGAUUAUUCUCCUUUUUUUAGCCUGGUUUGUACCUGCCUGCUAUGUCCUUGUGCCUUUCGCCAAAUUUGCUAAUUUAAAACUCUGUAGCUUUACUUUGAAAGGCAUUUUUUGUAAUAAUUUUGUAAUUUAUCUUUUCUGUUUUGUUUCAAGAGCACUGGUGAUAUAUGGCUUAGCGGGUUUAUUCAAUAUUAGCCUUCUUCCAAUGAUUUUCAUACUAUUCUCUUACAGCAUGAUACUAAUAGUGGCCUAUAGAAGUUGUGGGGAUGUCAGGAAAAAAGCUACACAGACAUGUUUACCUCACCUGCUGGUUUUAAUCAACUAUUCUUGUUUGCUCACUUAUGAUACUGUUAUUGUUAGAUUGGAAGCUGAUAUAUCAAAGACGGUACGUUUUGUUAUGACAAUGCAAAUAAUAAUGUGCAGUCCGCUGUUUAAUCCAAUUAUAUAUGGACUUAAAAUGAAGGAAAUUUAUAAACACCUUAAAAGGUUAUUCUGUUGUGGAAGGGGAAAGUAAAAUAAAUUUUGCCAUAUAUGUCAUCUGAUGUAAAUCUGUUUUUUUGAUCCCACAUAGUUAAACUAAUUACA